AGUACUACCCCCACCUCUAUAGUUGAAGGGGUCUUGCCUUGCAGGUUACUUGGUGACCUUACUAUUGCUGGUGCUAUGUAAAAUGCACCCAGUACACUCUAAAGUGGUUGGUAUCAGCAAGGACAUCCAGAUGUAAAAAUGAUGCCAAAGUAGACAUUGGGAGCUAAGUGCAGUCCUCUGGCCUGCUGGCUUCUGUCCAACCCAUGCCAGCAUAGAAAAUGGGUGUUAAAUGGGAAUGAUGGUGUGUUUAUAGAAUUGAGUGUACUUCAGUUAUUGUUAUUAGUUUUAAUUAGCCAUAGUAAGUUCUUUCCCAUAUGGCAGUGGUAUUCUCUUUACAAUUUAUAAAAGAUGACAUAGAAUAUUGGGAAUUUGAUAGUGCAGGCUCCUCUGUUUCACAUAUUUUCAAUAUAUUUUGUAUGAACCAGUGAGGGAGUGUCUAUGCGGUUGCUCAAACAGCUAGAGGUAGAAGCCAAAUCUACCCCAAUAUCACUGUCUUACAAUCUUGAGAAGCAGGGACACAAUGGAUAUAGGGGUUCUGACAGGCUGCAGCAUCAUUGAUCAUAAGUCUGCUUGAUUAGUGCUGACCUUUGGCUAAACAUUAUUAUUCUACAAUCAAUUUACCAAGGCUGGUCUCUUGCAAUGGAUUACAAGGGAGGAAUGAAUGAAAACAAUGUUGAUAUCGGCAUUGCUGCUACCACUUUAAAGCCAACACCAGAAGAAAUCACUGUCAGUGUUCCGGAAAAUGUGACAGCAAUAGUCAUGAAUGAAGUUGGUGAUCCUACAGUGGCUUUGACAGGCUCUACAAAUGUAGCAGUCGAUGGUGAAGACACUGUCACAACUACUGUUGCUGAAGGGUUGACUGUAUCGAAUUCGGUUAUUAAUGUCGAACCACCAAUAGCAAAACCACCACCUCGGGUUGUAAAUACAGCACAUUUAAUGACACAUAUUGUCAAUCCAGAUUUGAGUGAUGACUCAGUUUUUUCUGGAGAUGAUGAUUCCUGUGAUGGGGAGCCAGCAGAGAAGCGGAUGAAGUUAGAACAAGAUAUCAAUAUUGAUAUGGACCAAUCGUUAAAGCAAAUUUUAUUUAAUAUCAACAAGGCAAUCUGUUUAAGGCUUGAUAGUAUAGAAAACAAGCUUGAAAAUGUUGGAUUACGAACAAAAUAUUUGGAAGUUAAACUACUAGAUUUGGUAAAUCAGAAUAAGACUGGCAGUAGCAAUACAAAUUCAUACGCUAUGAAACGAGGCUCCACAUCUCCUUCACGACGUUCCGGUGCCCUUAUCGUUGGUCUUCCACAAGACAGAAAUAGUGAGGAUGAGAGUCAAUUUCAGAAAGGAAUAGAUUCUGAUAUCUUACAAACCAUGCAAUUAGAAAACAAAGACAAAAAAGGCAAGUUGUUGACUCCCAGUGAUUUCAAUUCAAAUGUGGAUAGUAACUUCAGAAACAUUGGUCCAAAUGUUACAUUAAUAACAUUAAAUUCUGAAGAGGAUUAUCCAAAUGGGUGCUGGCUUGGUGAUGAGCUUAAUCUUGAAAUGCGGGUGCGUGUGCCUAUAUCUUCAAGUGACCUUCUUCAUAUUCAUUCUAAUUGUCGAACAGCUGAAAAAAUGGCAUUGACUCUACUUGAUUAUUUGUUUGACCGAGAAACACAAGCUUGUUCUAAUCUGUCUGGUAUGGGUAAACAUGGCAAGAAGCAGUUGGAUCCUUUGAUGAUCUAUGGCAUAUGGUGUCAUUUAAUACAACGGUUUAAGAUCAAUGAAUCUGACUGGCAACGAAUCAAACAGAACAUAGACUCCAAAUGUAGAACAGCUUUCCGUAGAAAGUCAAGAGGUUUGCCUCUUGCUGUAAAGGCUUUCCGUGGAAGAGCCCCACCAAGUUAUGUUCAUAACACAGGGUUUAAUUUUAAUUCAGUCGUGAAUUCACAGAGUAAUUUUUAUGAUUCAAAUCUACAUGAAGACACAAAAUUUCAUAUACAACAGCAGAGUGAACUAGAUAUUCAGCAAGCUGUUACAAUGCAAGGUGAAGCCUUACAGCAAGGGGAGAUUCAAAUCCUGCAUGCUACACCAGAACAGAUAUCACAGCUACAACAUGCACAACACAUUCAAAUUUUACAAGGUGAUCAAGUCAUACAGAAAGAGCUCGUAAUACACAAUAACCCUUCCACUCCCACCAGAUACAGAGCAUCACCUUCUUCAGAUAUUGACUGACUUUUGCAGAGGUUAAAGAUGGUUUAUUUCAUUUUCUCCAGGACCUUUUUUUUUGCUCUACAUUAUUGUAAACAAUCCAUUUUCAUCUCCUGUAAUUGUUCUUUUCAAAAAAAUGUGUCUUUAUUAUGUUUGAGCUGAGAAUUGCAAAUGGAAAAGUAAUCCAUUAAAUUAUGUGGCACCCAAACAAAGCAUUUCAUGUAUCCAAGUGAAUUCACAAGUCUUGUAUGAGACAUGUGGAGUAUCUCUGUGAUGUCUAAUGUCAUGUGACAGGGAUUAUUUUUGAUUAGCAUUUUGAUUUCGUCAUCAUCAAUGACUGUAGUCUUGCCAGAAAGUUCAUGGUCUUCCAGAUCAAACUUUUCACUCCUAAACCUAGUGAACCACUUCUAAACAGUCCUCUCAGCUUCGGCACUAUCUCCAUUAACUGCAUAUAUCUUUUUUGCAGUUUGAAUAGCAUUUUUUCUUUUCUGAGAUAAAAAAAAUAUCAAAUGACAAAAAAUGCAUCUCAUUUUCCUCUAUUUUCACCUUUAACUUAAAAGCAGUAGAAAUAAACUACCUACACAAUAAUUGUACAGAAAGACAUGAUGAAAUGUCACCUUUCUGAAAAUAUGUCAUGUGCUUCUGUCACAUUAUCAUUAUGGAUGGGAGACCAAGUGCCAGAGGCUAGAGAACCGAAUAAGCACUAGAGCACAAGGUACAAUAAUUAUUGAUAAUUAUUGCAAAUAAUAAAAUAGUGAAAACAAAGCAAAUUAUCAGUGUUAGCAAAAAAUCACAACAACAAAAAUUGCUUAUGAUGUGUUGGCAGUUAUGUAGGGAAGUCACAUCAUGUUAUACCUCCUUUUCCAGCAUGCGCAAUCUGCACCUGAUUAUGUCUUAUAUUAUUUAAUGAAUCUGUUGCCUAGAAAACCAUUUAGGAAGAUGAAAGGCAAUGAGUGGAUGGCAACAAAGCCAUAACAGUGGUGUGUCAUCCUGGUGGCCAAUUGCAGUUACAUAGAACAUCACAGCUAGAAAUAAAGAGUUUUACAUCCUGUGUGGUAAUUCUCUUGACCAAAAUAUGAGUAUACAACAGAUCUGAAAGAAGAUAAAGUUGAUAUACAGUACUCCCAUAACUUAGUUUAUUUAUGAUUUCAUAUUUUAUCCCAGUAAACUGUCACAAUAUUAAAUGAAAUAAAAGAAGGAACGCGUCUGACAAUGCAGAAAGUUUUAAAAAAACCUUAUAUUUUGCCCAAAAUAUAAAAACGAUUUAAAAACCUUCUGCAUUGUUAGAAGCUUUCCUUAUUUCAUUCAUUAUUCUACUUCUAUACUACAAUGCUUCAAGUGAACUACAACACUCUUCUGUCAACAAUAAUGUAUUUAUUAAUAGACUCAGAGAUUUUCCCCUAACAAAACCACUUUAAAAUAUUUUCUAAUAAGUGUAUGAUUAAUCAUACCAAAUUUGUUGUUGUUUUUUCCCCCCAAAAUAUACUUGUAAAAUAAGAAUGCUUCUUAUAUACCAGGAAAUGUGGUAACUGCCAUAUGAAGCAAACGACUCACCUAAGGCUAUCUUUUUAUUAUGAAAAUCUUUUCUACAAUAUUUUAAGAUUCUACUGAUAGAGCUUGGCCUUUCAUGAAAUUUUUCAACUGUCAUGAAGGAUACUUGAGACUCUUUGGUUAUUUUUUUUUCAUCAACUUAUAAUUAAUGUUAAUUUAAAUACUUUGUCUGCAAGAUUUUUUAUUGUCACUUAUGAAUAUAAAUACCUCUUGCUGCAAAGUGAUAAUUAAUUGUAAAUAAAUUACAAAUUGAAGCUUUAUAAAAUAUUUUCUUAAUGUUAUUUUAAUAUCUGUCGGAUCUCUUCACACAAACAUACAUAAUCAUCAUCAUUUCGCAUCUGCUUUGCUGGCAUACCACUGGAUGGUGCAGUCCUCGUUGCAGUAUGGUAGUUUGUGUGCAUCAAUGACUCAAAGCCACUCUAGCAGAAUGCAGGUCCCUGGUAGGGAUUCCCAUGUUGAGCCAGUCAAAGGGCAGAAGCCUCACUAAUAUGGACCGUUUCUUCCCCAAAGUAAAAGUGGAUUUGUGUAGGGCCAACACCCCUACCUAGACAAAAGCAAAGUUACAGAAGCAACAAUGACAAUUCAAAGCCAACAAGACCUUUGAGGAGAAGCAGAAAAGACAGCCUGGAGUUAAGAACAGAGGAGAAAAUAUGCUGAUGGCCUAUGCUACAGAGGAAGUGGAGAGCUUAAGUAACAGUUUGCUAGCACAGUUGAAUCCAGAGUUACUUUCCUCCCAUGUUGGUCAGAGAAGCACAGCUUGCUCAAAUGUGUCAUGUUUACAUGCUUUUCUAAAAACCAUUAGAGUGUAGGUCAGUGGAGCCUGGUAAAUGUUUUUCACUGGAGGAAAAGCUUUCAAAUAUUGAUUUUAUAUUUACAUCACAUGUAUUCUAUAACAGCAAUUAGUUUUUACUGUGAAUUUUAUGAAGAAUAUAUAUAUGAAUUUCUAAGGUAUUAUUUUAAAACUUCACAAAAAUGUAUUGAGAAUAAUUUACCUACGUUUUUACACUUAUUAGCCUGUAAAAUGAGAUUUUUCAACCACGUAUAAGAUACUGAAGGAAGUAACAUUUGAUCAAAUUCUAUAAUCAAUUUCCAGUUCCUAGCCGUAACUAUAACCCUUUGAAUAUAGUAUCUGAGACAAUUACAAUUCCUAUAUCCUUCUUCCUGAAGACUAAUCUGUUAUCAAUGAAUACCUUAACCUAGUUAACCACUUGGAUUUUUAUGCCACAUAUAUAUAAAAAUAAAGUAUUUCACCUAAUGGGUAGUUAUGGACAGCAUCAUUGAUAAGAUAUAAUUUAGGAAAUAAAAAGACAUUGCUCCUUAAAAAGUAUCACAAGAAAGUUAAAAUUUUGCAAAUUAUUUUAUUAAAAUUUUGUACAUUUUUAGCAUAUUUAUUUUUCUAAUAUAUUACAAAUCACGUCUCUGUCUCAAUUUCACAAUGAAUCAGAUUUUCAAAUACCAUUCCAUUACUAAAUAAAAUUAGUUGCUUUAAGACUAGCUUUCUUCCAUUAUGCUAGUAAUGAUCUUGCAGCUAAAAUCUCUCAGCACACAUAACUUCUUCAUAUGACAAGCUAGACUGUACGGGAAUUUCCAGAGCAAGAUUGAACGGGAGUUUCCAGAUCAAACUCUUAUGGGAGUUUCCAUUCUUUAUUUUCAGGGAGCGGAGUAAAAUACCAAUUAACUUUGUCGUCUGUGACAUCAGAAAUAUUUGAAGGUUGCCAAUUUGGUUUGUGGUCUUUAUCCACCAACACUGUAAGAGAAAACACAAAAUAAAUAAAUAAAUAUUCGAAUGAAUAAAUUUUAAA